AUGAAUUGGUUGGAUCCUUCCCAACAUGUAAUUGUCCCAACUGAAUAUCUGAAUGCCUGUCCUCAAGAUGGAGAUUCAGACGCUGCUGCAAUUGGAAAAUUUAUGCCACAGUUACUGCAUCUUGAACUUCGGUUUUCCAAGUUAUCAGCCAAAGGGCUUGCUUUAAUUUCUGAGCGGUGUUUGAACCUCGAAUAUUUGGACCUAUCUGGUUGUGCAAACGUGACUAGCCGUGAUAUUGCAAAUGCCACGUCUAAUUUAAAGAAUUUGAUUAAUAUCAAGAAGCCCAAUUUCUAUAUCCCUAGGUCAGUCUUUCACACUGACAGGUAUGGCCACUGGAGGUUGUAUGAUGAGCGAUUCCAGACGGAUGUUUUCCGAAUUUGA